AUGGAGUCGAAAGAAAGAACGAGCUUUGGCUCGGCACGCGAACAACAUGAAGACAGCGCGUCAAGCGAGUACGAGAAGAGAGGAGUAUCUGCUGCCGACAUCGACGAAGAGAAAGAUGUUGGACAUGGCGGAGCUACGCAGUCCCCAACGAAGGAGCUAAAUGACGCAACAGCUGAAAGAGGCCGCAGCCAAAGCAGACGUUCGCAAGAUGGAAGGAGUCUGAAGACUGUCAGAUCGCAUCACUCGAGAGCUGGAGGAGAUGGCUACACAUGCCUCGACGCAGAAGCUAAUGCCAAAGGCCCAAGCAACUCCCGACCCGGCCCUAUAACAGAGCAACCGUACCUCGUGACCUGGGAUGGUGACGCCGACCCAGAGAAUCCACGCAGCAUGGGAAAACUACGAAGAUGGCUCAUCGUGUUAAUAUGCGCCAGUAGUUCACUAUGCGUGACAUGCACCUCAUCGCUAUAUACGUCGACGUAUAGUCAGCUGGAGCCUGAGUUUGGGGCCUCACGCCUAGUGUGCACGCUUGGUCUAUCUAUGUUUGUUGCGGGACUCGGCGCAGGACCGAUGAUCCUAAGUCCACUCUCGGAGUUCUACGGUCGAAGGCCAAUCUAUAUCUGCUCAUUCACAUUCUUCCUCAUCUGGAUGAUACCAUGCGCCGUGGCACAGAACAUCCAGACAAUGUUGGUUGCGCGCUUCUUGGACGGUCUAGCUGGCUCAGCCUUCCUCAGUGUUGCUGGAGGGACUGUUGGUGACAUGUUCGGGAAACACGAGCUAUCUGCACCUAUGAUGGUCUACACAGCCAGCCCGUUCGUUGGGCCAGAGGUAGGCCCUCUGAUAGGAGGCUUCAUCGUGGAAAAUACUACAUGGAGAUGGUGUUUCUAUGUUCUCAUCAUCUGGUCUGGAGUUCAGCUUUGCCUAAUCGUUCUUUUCGUGCCUGAGACGUACCACCCCGUUUUGCUCCGUCGAAAGGCGAUUCGACUGCGAAAAGAAACCGGCAACCCAGAGUGGAUAGCGCCCAUUGAGAAGAUGGACAGAUCUAUCGCCAAAACCGUGCUGUGGUCAUGCAUCCGCCCGUUUCAACUUCUUUUCUUCGAGCCUAUGUGCUUGAGUCUUUGCAUCUUGUCGGCAAUCUUGUUGGGUAUCCUGUACCUCUUCUUUGGCGCCUUUCCUCUCGUAUUCGGCAACAAUCAUGGCUUCAGCAUCUCGCAGGUUGGACUCGCAUUCUUGGGUCUGUUGGUUGGGAUGCUCGCGGGUGUCUCCACGGACCCUUUCUGGAGAAGAAUAUACGGCAGGCUCGUGCGGCAACGCGAGGAGCAAGGAGGCGAGCCCGGAGGUUCGGAACCUGAGUUUCGGCUCCCUUCGACUAUUGUUGGGGCCUGGGUCGUCCCUGUCGCACUCUUUGGGUUUGGGUGGACGACAUACUCCUCAGUUCACUGGAUAGUUCCAAUUAUCUUUUCAGCAGUAUUUGGCCUUGGUGUCAUCUGGGUCUAUUCAGGGGUCUUUACAUUCUUGGUCGAAGCUUACCCUGUCUACGCUGCAUCGGCUCUCGCGGCCAACAGCUUCGCGCGGUCGUACUUUGCUGCGGCUUUCCCACUAUUUGGUGUUCAGAUGUACAACAAUCUCGGCUACCAGUGGGCAACUACUCUACUUGCGUUCCUUGCGCUGGCCAUGGCACCGUAA